AUGGCCCUUGCUCGCCCACUUCCCACGCUCUGGCAGACUCUUCUGCCGGGCCUCAAUGCCUCCACCCGACCCGUCUUGAAUGCGCCCUUUCUGCAACGUCUCGCACAGCCCUAUGGUGCACUGCAUACACCUUUCGGCGCACUCGCAAUACCCUCACUAUCACUGCCAAAGAUACCGUCAUUAGCGGACAUCUGGGACGGAAUUCUCAAUGCAGUGCCCAAGAAAAAGACAUCGUAUCGCAAGAAGCGACAACGAUUCAUGGCUGGGAAAGGGCUGAAGGAUAUCACAUCGCUGAAUAAAUGCUCAGCAUGUGGGAGGGUCAAGCGGCUGCACAUUCUCUGCCCAUACUGUGUGGAUGCAAUCAAAACUAACAUCUUCGGCCAGCUCAAUUGGGCUAUUCGCCGACCUACCGAUAAGCAGGCCAAACAGUUCGCGCGCGAGAGACGAGACGAGGCACGGAGAAAGCGCACCGUAGAGCCCGACCCACGCAAAGAGAAGGAGGAACAGAUCUUGAAGCAUACGGGUUGGAGGAAAUGA